UUAGUGUGUGACAAGAAAGGGAACGAGACUCGCGCUUACAAUUAGAUAUGAAAACCAUUCGCGAGUAGAUCGUUACGUGAAAUCGACUGAAUCGGACGCGUAUUCGCGAGGAUCCCUUUUUAUUUUUCCUCAUACUUAAAAUUACAUUACUCUUUCUUUUUAUUUCAUUUUAUUUUAUUUGAUUUUUUUUCAUUAUUAACAAUUUUACGUUAACUUUAGUUUCGUUAGCAAAUUUUCUAAUAUUUAACAUAUUUUUUGAUUCUUUUAUUCUUAUUUCUUUUUUCUGUAUACAAUGCAUUUAAACGCGUUUCUCAUAGUAUUAUUUUAUUUCGUUACUUCGGUGAACUGCAAUUUAGAAGUGCGGCUUUUACACGUGCUAUUUCGACACGGUGACAAGGUUCCUCAUCGAUUUUAUCAAAAUUAUCCCAACGAUCCGUACCGAGAUUAUUCCUAUUAUCCAAUGGGAGAUGGUGAUUUAACAAACGAAGGAAAAAUGCGAGAAUACAAAAUCGGAAGGAUGUUACGUGAACGUUACGAUGGAUAUUUCGGUGCGGAUUAUUGGCCUGACAAGAUCUACGGUCUUGCGACGGAUGUGCCAAGGACACAGUUAUCUAUCCAGCUUGUCCUAGCCGGAUUAUUCCCACCCUCGGAGAAACAGACCUGGAAUCCACAUUUGCCCUGGAUUCCCACGUGGACGCCCUUAUCUAUACCAUCUGAUAUGCAAAACCUACUGUAUCCACACUAUUGUCCACGAUACAAAGAAGAAUACGCACGAUUUAUCGCUCAAGAUGAAAUACAAGAUAUGAUCAAAAAAUACAAAAAUGUUUUCUCUUAUUUAACCGAUCAUUCCGGAAAAGUUAUCAACACAACCACAGGAGUACAAUUCAUGUAUAAUUUAUUGAAAGAAGAGGCAGCGCAAAAUUUAACACUACCAAAAUGGACGGAGAAUGUAUUUCCUAGUCCCAUGAAAGAAAUCACUGUUCUUGAUUUUAAUUUACAUUCUUACACGAGAACCUUGAAACGUCUCAACGGAGGUAUGCUAUUAAAAAAAAUAAUAGAAGAUAUCGAAUUGUAUCAAAAAGGAAAAUUAACACCUGCCGAUAGAAAAGCAUUUUUAUUUUCUGCACACGAAGUAAACGUAGCUGCAUUGGCAAGAGCUCUUGGUACCAAUGAACCUUUACUUCCCGCUUAUGGUUCUACAAUAAUACUGGAAACUCUACGUGACAAAAAAGGAACUUACUAUAUUCGCGUACUCUUAUGGACAGGAGUUUCCGAAAAAUUAAUUAUACAAACGAUACCUGGGUGUAAUGAGCUCUGUCCUUACAACGAAUUUCGUAAACUUAUGAAUGACGUCAUACCAACAGAAGAGGAAAGUUCCUGUCGACGAAAAGACCAUCAUCAUUAUCAUAUCUCAUCUUCGACGAAGAACACUGUGGAUAAAUUUGUGUUUUGUUUAUUAACGAUUUCGUAUGUAAUUUUGGAAUCUUUAACGUAAACGAGAGAGAAAAAAAGAAGAUCCCCUUGACGAGAUGAAAAUCAUAUUCACUACUACUACUACUAUUACUACACCUACACCUACAUAAAUUAAUUAAACUAUCGUCACAAACAUUGCGAUAGAAAAUUAUGCAA